AUGCAUGCUCCCCAAAUAUUGCCCUCCCGUCUACUGGUCCACGCAAUCUCGUCUGUGAGGAAGCCGGGCUACACAGCCGGGGCGUCACUGGGGCGGCGGCAGCGCAUAUCUUCGCCAAAAACCACCCAACGAGGGUCAGAUCCGCCCCUCCAUCUGCUACGCUUACCUACCCUCCGAACCAGAAUUAGGGGUGAGGCAAGCAGAAAAGGACCCUACACAGCCCAGCCGCUUAUAUGCGAGUCCUGGACGAGUCGGAUCGAUGGUAUCGAGACGGGGGUCCAAGGGAAAAAGGAGGAGCCCAUACAAAGCACGACAAAGGCGGAGGUGCUGGGUCCCGCAUGCGCGUCACCAUUUUGUUUUUCUUGUUUCUUCUUUCUUUCAUUACCUUCUCCGAGCUUCGUGCUGAGACGGGUCGGAACUGGGAACGGAAAGGUCAUGAUCGGAUCAGAUAUAUUGAAAUUUGGUUGCACAGCAGGGUACAGACAAGUGGGUGAUAGUAUGGGGUGUGGUGUGCGCUUCUCUCAAGAAAGUGGACUUUUUUCUGGUGGUUUGCUUGACAAGGUGGUUAAACGCCGGUCAGGAUUCGAUGCGGAGGCGCCUUUGGGAUGGGUCUGUUGUAUAGUAGACCCCUCACAUCUGAAGGAGGCAUCACGACAUGGCACCAUGUGUCGAGGCAAUGAUGCACUCCCCGGGAGGGUGAGAAACACGCCUGCUUGUCAAGGCUAUGCCAAGAUCGGCGAUGAGGAAACAAAAGAAAAAAGUCAUGAUCAUGACGUCUCGGGGGAUUGGUGUGGUUUCGGCGGUGGAUCAAGGCUUGCGUGA